UUCCCAUUGCCAGGCCUGCCAGGGGCGCUGCCACACAAAUGUCGACUAAAGUAUGAGGAUGAGGAGGAGGAGGAGGAGGAGGAGGAGGAGGAGGAGGAGGAGGAGGAGGAGGAGGGAGGAGGAGGAGGAGGAGGAGGAGGAGGAGGAGGAGGAGGAGGAGGAGGAGGAGGAGGAGGGAGGAGGAGGAGGAGGAGGAGGAGGAGGAGGAGGAGGAGGAGGAGGAGGAGGAGGAGGAGGAGGGGAUUUGACAGGAAGGAAGCGGAGGGAGAAGAGAGAAAGAAAGGGCGAGAAGGGGAAAAAUGGAAGCCUGAGCUUCAGCUGAAUCAUUGAACCAGUAAUGGCUCUAGGUGUUCAAGCCA